AUGCCCCGGAUACCUUCAGAAAAGCCCACCACCACCACCACCACCACCCCAGACCCCAAAGACACACCCACCACCAGCGACAUCGCUCCAAACCCCGUCUCCAACACGAACAUCCCCCGCCCCUCCUUCGACCUCAACACCGUAACCCCCGCAACCCGCAAAGCGUGGGCGUACCUGGUAGCCUACCGGGCCCGAAAAGCAGCAGAACCCCCGAAACCCCCACCCCGCUACAAACCUCUACAGCACUACCACUUCGCCAAGAGCUUCGCGUGCACAAACGAGCUGUGCAUGGCCGUCAUCGAUAACUUGACCUGGGGCCUGUUUACGUAUGAUGCGGCCUGGGGGAUUUAUGAUCCCCGCCGGGCGCCGCCAUUCUUCAACAAGUUGUCGCCGGGCGAGAUGGAGGCUUUACCGAGACUUGAUCGGCUUUUGUCGGAGGUUGUUAUGGGGCCGGAGGAUGAGGCGGGGUAUGUUAAUGCAAUUAUGGGAUACUUGGGGUUGGUUCCGAGGGAGGUUGAUCGCGAGGAGGAUGGUGAGGGGAAGGAGAGCGAGGAGGAUGACAGCAAGGGUGGUGGUGAUGAGAAGAAGGGGAAAAAAGUGGUCACGAAGGUCGCCGAUGUCGACUGGACGGUCAAACCCCCAGAGGAGAUAGCGUUUGCGCAGUACCGGGUUGACUACCAUGCGUAUCUGCAUUAUUUGCUUGUGAGAAAGGGUGUGCGAUGGUUCGAGCUGGGGGAUUACAUGGAUACACAGAGGUGGAAGUGGUGUCUUGAGCGCGGGAGGGGCCAGGAUUGGGGAGAUUUGAGAGGGAGGUAUGUUUGGGAGAGGAGAGGUGGCAUCUGA